UGAAGUGGCGGCGUGGGGACCGCUGUGUCUACCAGGACCUCAAUGUCGGACCGGUUUCAUAUUACCCAGUAAUAUAAUUAUAAAUUCCGGGGAUAAGCCGCAGAUAUCAGGUAAAAGGGCUGAAAAUAUUAGCUUCCUAAAGCACCUUUGACGUCAAAGGUGCGUCGAGCAAUCUCAUGAUUUAAAAAAACAACAACUAAUGUUUGGUUGCAUGAUAUUUUGGACCCAACCACGUAUUUAUGAGACACCUGAAAAUCAGAGUCACCUGGAAGAAGAAGAUGGACAUCAACUUUGACUGACGAAUGUUUUCAAGACUUAAUUUUAGGAACAUGGAGACAGUUUCCAUGGUCCAGCCUUAUCCAGCAGCAUGAUUGGAGCAUCCAGUCUCUCAGGGGACACCCUGAUAGCGUGCCACUUCCCUGUGGUUCAGCUGCCCUCUUGGCAACUUCCUGUCCAGGCCCUGUGCAGCUCGGCCAAGAGGCCCGGCCGGCUGUGCUCAGUGGGCCUGACCCGAGCUGUGUCCCUCCCGGAACAGGACUCGCUGAACCGAGAUCAUACCUUCACCGGUGGCCGCAGAUAUUUCUCCAGCAGUUACAGUAGUCUCAAUGAGGACCGAGCGGAGGAGGAGGGGGGCAGUGACAGCAGUGGGAGGUACGACUCCACCUCUUCACCAGAGGAGAUGAGUUCCCAUCUGAAGAAGGAAAGCUCUGGAGCUAGAGGCGUUCUGCGGUCACAUAACUCAUUCCUUCCCAGCACAGAGCUAGAUGAGGAUGAGGAAGAUGAAGAUAGUGAUGGAGGUAAUCUACACAGAUAUCAUGAGGACUCAUCUUUCGUGUUGCAUGGAAAUUCUAACUGGCCUCUAAGUAAUGGUGCCAGAAAUUCUACAAUGUCCCAUGGGGACAUGGAGAGCGAAUGGGGCGAUGAAGGGACUGUUUUGGGUACUAAGAGUGACCAAGAGUCGCUCUCUAACCAGCCUAACCAGCCGGACUCACUGCAAACUGAAUGCCAGUGCUUUCAUGUGAGCAGAUCUGGCAUCACGAUGAUGGCUUAUGGAGAGCAGGACUCAGACAGACUGAAGGAUAACAUGUCCUGCUGCAUCCACAGCCAACACAAAUGUUCCCCUGAGCUGUUCUCCAGCAGUCACACAGGGAAUGUCAGUGACUCUUCCUGUAACAGUUCUGAUGGCGUCUUGGUUAACUUCUGCACUAUCUAUAACAGGAGCAACAACCCUGCAACUCCUCAUGACCUCAGCAGUCCUGCAGUUCACCCCUCUCAGUCAUCUGAGGGAUCCGUGUUCCUCAACCUCCAACCUGUUCCCAAGACUCCAGCUGAGGGCCUCCAACAUUAUGACAUGACACCCUCUGCUUCCUGCUGGUCUCCUCAGGGCCUCGACUCUAACUGCAAUCUUUACUCCCUGGAGCCGCUACCCCCCGGUCUCUCCUCACUGGAGGUAUCAGACUUAACUGCCUGUCUCCAAAGCCAGGCCACCUUGGCCAUUGGGACCAACCAGAAGUACUACAAACUUGUGACUUGUGACCUUUCCUCACAGUCACCCAGCCCAGCCUGGUCCAGCCUCACCAGCUGCCCUGAGGGUCUGAGCAGAAGUAGCCCCUUCCCUCCCUUCGAGCACCUCUUUGUUGAUCAUAAGAAAGAAGGACAACACAAAGAAGUCAAGAAGGCGAAAGAGGAUCAAGAAAAGGAAAAGAGGUUCUCAACUGCACAAUGCAGUGGCGGGUCUGACUGCUCUCAGUUUCAGACCUAUGAUUACCAGGUUGCCACCUCCUCCACUGAGAAAGCCCUCUGCAGGAAGAAACAUACAGACAGUAUCCAAAACUUCUCCCACACGCCCUGUUUGCUGUGCCCUAGCCAGUGUAGCCCACAUAGCAGUAGAUGCCAAGGCACAAGCGCUGCAUCCACACAGCCAUCUGUGAUUCUAGACCAGGAGCACUGUGAUACUGAUGCUGCUGAGAAGGGAGCAUGUUCUUUGGAAAAUGCAGUGGUGCGCUACAGUAAGGCCCAGAGACCAACCUCGCUGCCCAUCCAGCCCUUUGUUCUGGUCCCCACAGGCAAACCCCAAGCCCAGCACUUGGGCUGUCUUCUGGAGCAGUACAUGAAUCAGAAGAGCAGCAAGUCUGGUAGCUCCCAACCAGGCUUCAAGUUCAAGGGCAAAAGGAGUCAAGGCUUUUCUGAUCUUCAGCUAUCACCAAUGGGCAGCCACUAUCCCAUCUUCCUGGAGGCUCCUUCGAGCUCUGAUACAUGCUCCACCUGCACGCCGAGUCCAGAGUGCUUCAGCCGCAGACACACAUGGAGCCAGUCCAGCAGAAGUCAAGGACUCCCUAGUCCAUGUACAUCUAAAAGCAGCCUGGAUCCAAGUCACACCAGCCCAAAGCCCAGACUGGUUCAGGUGCAAGAUAAAACAAGCCCAUACUCAGGAAAAACUCAGACUAACACUUUUUUAAAUCUGAUCCCAGCCCCAAAACAGUCCAACCUUGUUAAAAUUCCCACCUACCAGGACCUUAUUAACCUCAGCCCUGAGCAGAACCAUGCCAACACUGAGCCCAAAAGUCCCAGUCAGUCCCAGACCCACACCUCCUACCAUUCAAUAUUCUCUCAUACACCACCAACAUUACCCCUAACCACUGACACCCAUCACCCAAACCUGCAGGUGUCCCUGUCUCCUCCCACAACCUUACAACCAGAAAAGAAGUUCCCUCAGCACCGGGCUGCACCUGCAGCUGACUCUGGCUUUUUUCACGGUAGUUUUACAGCUGCCCUCUCCUCAGUAGCUCCACUCUCCUCUUUGAGUUCUCUGCUAUCCUUGGCUGCUUCUGGGCUGCACCCACAGCAUAUCCAGGGCUCUACUGGGCUCAGUGGGACGCAGAGUCAACACACUGAAUCUCUGAUCCUGAGUGACAGGCCGCCCACAGAGUUCUGCCUCUCACCUGAUACAUCUUAUGAGUCCAUGUCUAUCAGCCAUCUUCAGAGAAGAGGUUUGCUGAGGUCUGUGAGCAGGGCGGUGGAUUUGAUCAUGGCUCAUUUUGGCCGCAGCAGAGACCCUGAGGAAAAGAUGCGUCUGGGUAACAGCUCUCGCAGUCCCACAAUCGCCAGGCUGGUCCUGAAACAUUUGUGUCCAACGAUCCAGAAUAUUUUAGAGGACGGUCUUAGGGAUCACAAACUGGAUCUCAUCAUCGGGCAGCGCCGCAACCACUCCUGGAGUGUUGUGGAAGUCUCUACUAGGAUCGGUCCAUCCACCAGAGUCCUUCACAGCUUGGUCUCCAAAAUCAGACAGUGUCCCCAGCUCACCAGCCACUGCAUGAGACUGAGAGCCUUCAUCAUGGGCCUGCUUAACUUGAGAGCUUUGGAGUUCUGGCUCAGUCACCUUCAUAGUCAAAAAGAUGUGGUGACAACACACUACCAUUCUUGGGGGUUCCUGUCCAUGUCACUGGGUCAGUGUCAGCCUUUGUUUCAGGAGCUGCUACUUCUGCUGCAGCCGCUCUCUGUGUUGCCCUUUGACCUCAACUUGCUCCUGGAGCCCCGACUGUUGCGUAACAGACACCUGUGUUCGAAGGAGGAGGGUGUUUCGCCACCUCCACCAUGUUCAGCCCUCCUAGUGACCAGCUGGCCACUACUGCAAGCUGACAAAAAGGUAGACAGCAGCUGCAGCGGUCAGCAAACUAAGAUUUCAGGUCUGCAUCACCAAGAGUCUCUAAGUUCUCAGAAUUGCGUCAAGUGGGAUUGCGAAGGGAUGCAGGCCAGCAGGAGUCCACUGUUAGCUCCUAUUCCAGAGUGGUGGCCGCAAGAGCCUGACCUUAUGGAUGGUGUGGUUGAAGGGGAGGACUGUAGCCAGAAUAAUAUUGCAGAUACUUGGUCUCAAAUAAGUAUGGACAGCAGGCAAGAAGAGAGGAGGGGAGAGAAAGAUAAUGAGACCCCAAAUGCAUCAACCUGUGUCCAGGCUGAGAGUCCAUGUCAGGGUGGGCUGCGCUGGGCCAAACUGUUUGGAGCAGCUGAUGCUUCCACCAGGACAGAGACAGUUUCUCAGAGUCACAUUGGAGCACAAACCAAAAGGUACAGGCGGCCAUCACAAUGGCUGCAGUUGGACAGAUUACAUCUUGGACUAUUGGCUCAAUCCAUCAGGUCAAGGAAGCUAGGAGGAGCUCAGACUGACAAGGACUCUUGAAAACUAAACCUUCUGUGGGUGGACGACAGAGUGGAGGCUAUUUACUGUAAUAACAAAAAGUCUUAACUGCAUGUUAAUAGAUACACAGUGCUCGAUCGCACUGCUGAACUGAUCAGAAAGCACAAAAAAUACAGGAUUAAGAGCUAUGGCAAUGGCCCGUAUUCAUCAAGCUUUGUGUUGCACCAGCUAUUCGUAAAUCCAUUACUUGUUUGUGUAUCCUUUCUAAUUUUUGAACUAUCAGCUAGGUUCAAAAUAAAUCAAGUCGCACCAUUAAAACUUAAAGAAUGCCUUAACUAGUAAAAACCUUAGUAAUAUGUAAGGAAACAUCUGUAGCGCUGUCCAAUCAAAAGCAAUCACCUAUCUAAACAGGAAGUUGCUGUAGCAUGACAAGCUGUAGCAUAAUUGCCAAAAAUAACUAUUUUAGGGUCCAAUCUAUAUAUUAAAUCUAACUGCUAAUCCUUUGUAAAUGUUGGUAUUACUUUGUUUUAUUUAUAUACGCAUACAUGGAGAAAUGUUUAGAGUUAGUAGUAUUUAUAUAGUUUAGAAUGAGUGGGAAAUAUCAUAUUAUGCUAAUCUAACAUGCUAUUUAGCCAGUCAAUUCGUUUGACGUUAGCAUAACGUUUUGUAAUUUGAGGUAAGUAUAUUCUGUUAUUUUUGUGAAAUGUAAUUUAAAAUCUUCCCAGUGUAUGUCAUUAUUUAACAGUAUUUUGAUUAACUAAAUUUCAUAUUAUCUCCUACUUUUCAAUCUAAACAGGGCAUAUGUUAGCAAGCUAACGUUAGUUGGUUAGCUAAUGCUGCAGUUACACCUAGAAGUUACUGGCUGUAAAUAUGCAGUGACAACUAAUCUCUAAUUAAGAACCAUGAUGCAUAAAUCUCCACUUUGUAAACACUUAGCCUACAUUGUAACUGGGCUUAGUCUGAACUUUCGAACAGCUUGUGCAACCGGCUCCUGUGACCAGCUCCUGAUCUUAAAAUGUCCCUCUGUUGUUUUAUCACUGCACUUUUGUAAUUUGUUCUCAUAUGAUCUCAUAUAGAUAAAGCUUCAUGAAUGCGACCAGAAGAGGCUGGGUCACUUUCAUAGUAGAUCCUGAGCUCUUUUCCAGGAAAUAGCUUGAAGAAUGAGGGCCUAUUUGCAAUUGCACUCUGGAAUAAUCGCAAGUGGGUACUUCUGUUACCUGUUACUCUUCUUUGUAUUUCCUGUAGGCGAAUAUCAAUCAUAAAAUGCUAAUAUAGACCUGCUGUAGACUGUUGGAUAUUCUUGUGGUGCAAACCUAUCCAUUUCUCAUAUGUCACCGUCAUUCUCUUCAUAGCUAUACCUUUCAUCUAUAGGUGGAAAAAAAAAUCAAGCUAUACACUCUUAUUAGUGCCAAAUAUGCUACACACCAGCCUUGUGGAUUGUCAAUGAUGCUUUAUUUCCAGUAACUUACUUUCUUGAGCAGAUUCCCAGCAUGGAUUAACUGUAGGUGCAUGAGUUAACAAACAUACAGUAGGUGCUUCAGUACAUACUACAUCAUCUUCCUGAUAAUGUUUUUAUAGCUGUAGAGUUUUGGUCGUUUUCUGGCACUAAAAAUUUAAAAUGUGUGGAAUUGUUUGGUAUAUACAGUAGUAUGUCUUCCAGUGAAGUUUGUUCAGUUGCACAAAUAUAAGCCAUCUUGUGGCUGUUUCAGGUAUUUAAAUGUGUGUCAGGUAUAUUUUGAUAGACUGGUGGUUAGAUAAGAGGGAGGAAAGAGCAGAAAAUGUAUUCUCGUCAUUUGUUAAAUAGAGAAUUUGUAAUGUACUGCAAUAAUGUGAAGUCUGUGAAAUUAUUCCACCCAGCAUCAUUUUCUCAACCUCUGCUUCCUCGAAUGCCCAGUGACAAUCAAAGUCUGUCAAUAAAGAAUUAACAUAU